AUGAGUUCAACUGAAAAAAAUGAAGUAAUUAAUUCUAAUGAUACAAGGUUAAGAAAAAAUGAAAGUAAGAAAUAUGAAGGAGAAUUUUUAAAAAGUAAUACUACUGAAAUGAAAGGGAGAAAAGUAGUAUCAAAGAUUGAUGAGAAUAUUAUAGAUGGAUGUGGUAAAAUAGAAAAGUAUGUAUGUUUUUCAGGGUUAGAUAAAUAUUUAUCAGGAUUAAAGAAAAAGGUGAAUAAAUUUUAUUUUAUUUAUACAAUAAUAACAAUAAUACAUUUUUUAAUAUAUGUAAAUAGAGGUAUUAUACCAGGUUCUUAUGAUUAUUUAUCAUCCUAUUUAAAAGAAAUAUAUGAUGCUACAAAUGUUGAUGUACACAUUGGAUUUCUUACUUCAGUGUUUGUAUUUGGAUUAAGUAUAAGUUCUAUAUUAAGUGGUUCUUUAGCAUCAGCAUAUAGUAUUUUUAAAAUAACCGAUAUCUUCUUAUUUCAAAAUUCUUUAGCUUUAUUACUUACAGGUUUCUCAUUUAUUGUUGGCUCCUAUUAUUCUUUAAUGUUUAGUAGAUUCUUUUGUGGUUUUAGUGAAGCCGCAUUUAUAACCAUUAUCCCUCCUCUUAUUUAUUCAUAUUCCAAAGAUCGAGCAGGGUCCUGGAUUAGUAUCUUUAUAACUAUGUUUCCUUUAGGUGGGUGUGUUGGUUAUUUAUUAGCUGUUGCUUUACCACUUAUGAAAAUUAGCAUUGCUCAAUAUUUUUUAAUAUCAGGAUUUGUUUUCUUCCUUUUUUUCAUGUGCUUUUAUCUUUUUGAUGAGAACCUACUUAAAACAUAUGAAGAUGAAAAAAGCAGAAGGGAACUCGAAGAGUCACAACCACAAAAAUGUCUAGAAGAAGGUAUGUACAGAAAUAACACUAUAAAAAGCUCAAAGAGUAUCAAGGAUAAAAGCAAAAGUAAACAAGACGAUCCCCACGUUUCUAAUGAUUUUAAAACCAUGGAUGCUAAUGAUGAAUCGUACAAAACAAGUGAGCAAACAAAUGAAAAUAAUAAGAAAAAUAAUAAAGACAAAAAUAACAACUCAAGUGAUGAUACAUCAAAUGUAAACAACAACAAUGAUAAUAAUAAUGAUAAUAAUAAUAAUAAUAAUAAUAAUGACAAUAAUAAUAAUAAUAAGAACAAUUAUGAAAAUAAAAAUAAAACUAAUACUAGUUAUGAACAUCCAUUAAAUAAAGGAAACGAUAAUACUAAUGAUACGAAUAAUUUGUCUAGUGCUAAAACGUCAAAUAUUUCUAAUUUAAAAAAUAUUUCUUCAGGAAAAAGUAUUGAUGAUAGCACAGAUAAUUCAAAAAAUAAAAAUUCAACAGACUAUUCUGAUCAUAAAUUAUAUAAUGAAAACUUUAAAUUAAAUAAAAAAAGUAACAUGGUUGCUGCUAUUUAUGAAGAAGAUGCUGUGUUUAGAAAUAAUGCUCUACAUAAAAAUGAUUCAAAUAAUCUUUCAUUUAGUUCUUCUCAAAAAUUAAAUAAUAAUGAUGGUGAUAAUUCAUAUGAUAAUGAAAAUGACAUGAUCAAUAAUGAUUAUAACGAAAGACACAGUGGUAAUAAUAGUUAUAUAAAUAAUAACCUUGAUAAAAUGUAUACUGUUAAAGCUUAUGGUAAUGAUGAGCUAUAUUUAAAUCCUGCCCAACGUUCAUAUAGUAAAGACAAAAGAGAUAAAUUCCUUGAAAUCGAAAUCGAAAAUAGUAUUGAAACACUUGAUGAAGAUAAAAAUAAAGAACUAAACUUAAGCUUAUUAGUUAAUACAACCAUUACUAAUAUUAGCUUCUUAUUAUUAGUUAUUGCUUUAACGGCACAUGCAGAUAUGAUUCAAUGUUAUCUAGUCUAUGGAGCUCCAAUCUUAUAUGCACUUAACAUCUUCCCUUCUUAUAAAUCAGCAACUGUUACUUGUAGUUUAUGCGCAUGCUUGUCUUCCAUCGUUGGUACAUGUUUUGGAGGAUUCCUAAUGGACUUUUAUAAUUUAAAUAUACAAAAUAUUGAUAAAAAUUAUGAACAUAUAAAAAAUAAUGAAAAGAAAAUUAAAAUAUACAACAAAGAUGUACUUGUUCAUGAAUAUCUACGUAUUAUAGGUUUGCAGACAUUUUUCAUUCUAAUAAUUGCAAGUUCCUUGAUUUUAAUGAUACCCUUUAUUAGUAAUAUGUACUGGUUCACAUUUGUUAUGACUUUAGGUCUGACCUUUUUAUUCUCAGCAAUGCCUGGUCAUAAUAUUGGUAUUAUGGUGUGUGUGCCACAAAACAUUCGAGCCUUUUCAAUUGGAAUGUCAUCAUUUAUUUCUCAUUUAUUCGGUGAUAUUCCAUGGACCAUCAUUACUGGAAAGAUUAAGGGAACAUUAUCCCCAGACUGUGUUGUAACAAGAAAUGGUGAAUUAAGUGAAAAAUGUCGUGAACAAAGUUCAGGUUUAAAAAUUACAUUAUUAAUUAUAUGUUCUAAAGCACUUGUAAUGGCCUUAGGAAGUUUUUUCCUUCACCUAUAUUCAAAGAAGAAAAUUAAGAAAUAUAAAAGCAGACAACCUAUUAAAGCAUAA